CAAAACGACGGCGAUGCACGCAUGGCUUCAGCCUGCCGUGGUCUACGACAUCGCUUGUUUCGCCGGCUUCUGCGUCUCGGACGCCAUCACGUUCCUCGACGCGCUUCCUCCAACCACGAGACACGACGUCUUUGGCAUUCUCUACGCGCGCAUCCAGGCGACGGCGAACCCGAGCGAGCUCUUGCGCGUCAUCGCAAUCGAAUCUGUUGUCGUCGACACGACAAUCGAGCUCCAGCUCGUACAACCGACAACACCGUGGCCUGUCACUGUGGCCGUCGACUGGAUUCCGCGCUGGGCGGGCAGCGCGGUGCUAGAAUUCUGGCCCUGUACUGUCACGUCGCUCCAGAUCUCGCUGCCAUCGUCAUUAGCCAAGACAGAAAAGCUUCUCGCCGGUAUCGCAGAGUGUAUCAAUGUCCACAGCGUGCACGUCGUACAUUCCAAGCUGACGCAAGACCAACUUGACGCGAUUAUGGCCACAGCCACGUCGUCCUGGUGGUUCCUCCAGUCGUUCACGCUCACGACAAUCAAGAAACGAACGAGAACGCUGAAUUCGAGCGGCAGCGUCUGCAUGUGGCUCGCAUCAUCCCCAGUUCAGUCGCUCACUUUUGAUAAAAUUGACUUUGAACGGCCUGCGGCGAGAGCACUCGCGGGUGUCCUCAGUCAUUCGACGACGCUCAAGUCUCUGGUGCUGUACGACAAACCGACGUCAUGGAGUGGCCAUUCACAGCUCGCCACUGCGCUUUCUGACGCAACUGCGCCGCCACUGCCGCCGCAGUUGACGUCGCUAGCGCUGCACUUGGCCUCGUGGUCAACUGCCGAGGUGGCGGCCUGGGGUGCCAAAGUUGCAGCGUCACAACUUUCGACCCUCAAGCUCGAUUUGAACGUGCCGCGCGACGUGACAGCUCUUGUGUGCAAUGCGCUUCAAUUGCCGACUUUGGCGAAUCUCAUCCUCCGCUGCGGCGUUCUGAAAGUGUUGCCGGGCAUCAAGGUCUCAAGUCUGCGCAGUCUCCACUUGGUUGGCUGCUCGCUCUCGGGCGAUGCACUGGCAACUGUCGUCGAGAUCUUCAAGACGUCUGAAGUGCUAGAAGACGUUCAAUUCAAGUAUACCUCGAUCCCACCGCCGUGCGUAGCGGCGAUAGCGGCUGCGUUGCCUGCGUGGACGAGUCGACGCGGGGCUCAACUGACCAUUGCAGGCGAUUUGCAGUCUGACCAAGCCCUCGAGUUUGUCCGUGCGCUGCCUUGCGUGCGCAACUCGUCUCGGUUUUCGCUACGGCUGCGCGAAACAAAUCUGGCCAAGCGAGAAAGGAAGCAUCUCAUAUCGGCGCCCAGCCAGUGUCGCGACGUGCUUUUGGAAAUGGACGCCGCCGAUGGGAUGAGCGACGCAGCUGACACGGACGUUGCUGCGUACGCGCGGCAUGUCGGCGUGCUCAUGGUCGAUGCAACAACGUUUUACGCACCGCCCACGCAGCCGGUGUCCAAGAACAGGCAAUGUGACGACCCCAUGUGAACAACUCGCUAGCAUUUUGUUGUCCCAGAACAUUUUUCAAAGAAUACACGUCAAAGUAGCGUGCA